AUGAAGGAAGACCUGAGCAGCGUCCGCCACGAAGGCUCCAUGCGCUCGGUGUCGGGCGACGCCCGCGGCGAGGGCGGCGAGUCUCGCGGCGGGCGCCUGUCGGGCUCUGCGGGCGGCGCAGGCGGCGGGUGCCACAUGUCCACCGGGGGGCAGGGGGGUCGGGGCCAGGGGGCUGGCGGCGGCGGGGAGGCGACGAUCAGCGGUCACGGCAGCGAGCGCGACCGAGGCCGCGAGGCGAGCGGCGCGUCGCCGCACACCAACUUGAGUCGCUCGGGCUCGACAGACGUAAUUCUGCGGCGGUUUCCUCUCAAGUUCGUCGACAAAGAACUCGAGGACUUGUUCGCGGCCAACAUCAACCGCUGGAUGACCACGCGGCUCAUUCUCAUGGGAAUCCUCACCCUCGUAGUCACCAGCAUGAUGUGGCCGCUGAUGGCUUGGUCCUUCAACCUCCAAGACGCGUUCAACCACCACGAACCGCUCGGCAUCCUCUUCCACAUUGACAUGAGUGUCACAGUCAUCGUCUCAGUGAUCUUCGUCACGACGAAAAACUUCAGGCGCCUCGCUCGACACGCCGAGCUCAUUGCCGAUGCCGGAACCUUCCUAGUGGUGACCAUGUGGGGGAUUUGGAACACGAUUGCGUCGUACAUCUUGGAGCACAGCUAUGUCCAGGAUGUGAUUUCGUCGAGCACUACCGCCACGCAUGCGGGCUACGUGAGCCUCGAAAAAACAUCGGCCUGGUCUACUUCCCUGGAGGCUUCCAGCGCCGUCGCGUACCUCUACGGGCUGCUGCUCAUCGUGCAGCUUGACGUCGUCUACCCGUCACGGAGUAGACGCACGUGGCAGGUGCACGUGAUGUUCUUCGGCUUCAGUGCGGCGUCGAUUAUCAUCCGCGGAGCUCUCAACCCGGACUUCGUCCCCGUCCCGUUUGUAAUCCUUCGAGUGGCGACGUAUCUGAUGCUGACAGUGUUUCUCUUCAUCGGUCGACACGCAACGGAGCUUCAGCAAAGGCAGACGUUCUACAACUGGCUGGCGACGCGGAAGCGCGUGGACCGGCUGGAGUCGGAUCUGAAGCGGCAGAAGGAGAACAUGAAGGUCUCGACGGCGGUUGAGCAGCUUGUGCACAUGGUGAAGCAGUGCAUGGACAGCUGUCACACAGUGGAGAGCGAAGUGGGUUCUGAGCACCGGAGUUUGUUGGCGGAGUGCAAUCAGACGCUGAGCAAAUGUCUGUCGAUUCUCACCAACACGUCGAAUCUGUACACCGUGCAGUUUGGCGACCUUGACUCGGACGCGCACCGCGACAUCAUCCAGGCGUUUCUGAACAACCACAACACGUCGCCUGCAGACUGGACGCGGGUCACCACGGCGGCCUACACGCGCGGCGUGGAUGACCUCUGCUGGACUGCGCCGGGGGUCGUCAGCGGCGAGCGCCACAGCGGCGGUGGCGGCAACGGCAACUCCGCCUUGCUUGACUUCGACGACGCGCACUCAGACAGCCACCCCGUCGGCUCGGCGACGCGCUCCCUCACGGGCUGGGCGGGCAGCAGCUACUCGCCCUCCGCGAGCUGGAACUGCUACAACGCCUCCUGGUCGGGCGGCAUCGUCGAAGGGGUCUUCGUGCACCCGCAGGCCCCGGGCGCACACAGUCCCGGCGGCGCGUCUGACGGCGGCAAGGGCCCCGUCCUCGUGCCUCUCGGCGGCGCCGUGGGCGGAGGCGCCGGAGGACUUCCCCCGCGGCGCAGCAGCGACCUGCUCUCGCCCAGCUCCGGCUCAGACCGCUCGCCGGUGCUCGGGGCGCAUGCAGCUUCCCCGCCGCUGCCCGGCUCCGCCGCCGACACCGCACUCGCGCGCCUCGAGGAGGGGCGCUCCAGGGGCGGGGGCCGCGAAGAGGGACACCUCGACCGCGACGGCAGAGAGACGAGCCCACAUGUGGGGUCCGCGGGCCUCUCGCGCCCGCACGCGCGAGCCUGGGAGACGCGAGGCGACGGACGAACGGGGGACAGAGGAGACGCCGACGUCGUCCGCGGCGCGCGUAAAAGGCAGACCGGGGGGACGGCGGCGGGCGCGGAUUCGACACAUGCCCUCGAAGAAAACGGCCUGAAGGCCAGCGCCGCCGCGACGGCUGGUCGGGGCCGUGGCGGCUCCACAGGCUUCGUGCACCACAGCAAACGUCCUGCGUCGUGGAACGAGGAGGGCGAGACGACCGACCGGUGCCCCCGGCAAGAAGGCAAACGCGACCGGAAGGUGGACUCGGGCCUCACCAAUCAGCCGCUCACGCCACAGUCCCUCGCGGAUCUCCAGGCGCGCAUUCGCUACGAGGCCAUCGUCAAAAUCCUCAACGCCUCGCCGCGCUCCACACAGCUUUCAGUGAGCGGCUUUGCUGUCAACGAAGCAGCUGUUCGCCAGUGGAGCUUCGAUUGCCUCCGCCACGCGCAGACGUCUCCCUCUCCGCUUGUCGACGUCGGCUACGCGCUGCUGCACCGCGCAUGCGACGAUCUGCGCCUUCCGGGCGGGGACGUGCUGCUGAGAUUCCUGACGGCUGUGGAGAUCCAAUACAACCCCGUGCCAUACCACAACUGCGUCCACGGCCUGAUGGUGGCGCAGAAGAUGGUGGCGUUGCUGGAGUUGCUCGACUUGACCGAGUCGAUGGACUGCCGCGAUCUCGCGCUAGUCGUCGUCGCUGGCCUCUGUCACGACAUCGGUCACCCCGGAAGGAACAACGCGCUCUUCAUCAACGCCUUAGAUCCCGUGGCGAUUCUCUACAACGACAAGAGCGUGCUGGAAAACUAUCACUCCUGCCUCACCUUCAAGACGCUCGAACUCCCCGACUGCGACAUCUUCCUCUCUCUCAGAACCAAGGAAUACCACGUGGUGCGCUCGUUGAUCAUCGACUUGAUUCUCGCGACGGAUAUGAAGAAUCACUUCGAGACUGUCUCGCGCUUCCGCGUGCGUCGGAACGCGUUGGAUUUCGACAUGAGCGCAGACGAGGACUUUUGGUUCGUGGUGAAGAUGAUUAUGAAAUGCGCCGACCUCGCGCACUGCGGAGUGGCCUGGGCGCAGCACUUCCAGUGGUGCCAGCGCCUCUCGGUGGAGUUCUACGACCAGGGAGAAGAGGAAGUGGUGCGGCACCUGCCCAUGUCGCCUCUGUGCGACCGUGAGAAACACGCGGAGAUUGCGAAAUCGCAACUCGGGUUCAUGAACUUCGUCGCCGUGCCUCUCUUUGAGGAAAUUUCCGCCGUCGAUUCCAGUGGAAAUAUCGAGCGGGAGUGCAUCGCGGUGAUGAAGACGAACACGUCGCACUGGGAGUCGCUGUCGGUGGCAGGGACUCCGGUUCCCCUGUGGGGGCAGGCGGUAGCGGCGGACGUGAAGCCUCCACUUCUGCAUCUGAUUGACGGCUCGGGCGCGGGCAGUGUGCGACCGGGGAGCAAGGCGGCGGAGAUCGCAGCCCGCUACUCCGCAGUGACCUACACGUCACUGGAUCUCACCUCGCUCGUCUGCCGCACGCAGCUGAGCCGCACGCGCCGGGGCAGCCAGCAGAGCGGGCACCGCAUGUCGGACGGAACGUCGACCUGA